CCGAGAGGACAGUCUGCAGGACCCAUUCAUGGACCAGCAGCAGGAUUAACCCUCUCCAGGGCAGGGGCCUCUGCCAAGGGCUCCCAUCUGCACGAUGCUGAGCGCCUCCUCCAGCGGAUCCUGCAGGGAUGCGAUGUGCGUCACCACACGUCAGCCUUCCGUGGUGCACACACUGCCCCUCUCAUGUAGUGGGGAGACGGAGGAGGAGAGUGCACGGAGCAGCUGCCUGCUGGGGUGUAUGGACACCAUGCCCACCCACCGCCACCUCCUGCCCCGCAACUUCAGCUGCACAGCGGUGCUCUACGGGGAAAGCCCCGAGUCCCCAGAGGACGAGGACCUCGAUGACCAUGAAGAAGACACUGCGGAGAAGACCAAGGAACCCAGCAAACCGGUCACCCGAGGAAGAGAGAUCAGCUUGGUGCCACAGAGCCCAACUGCCCGAAGAAGAGCUAAGUCGUUACCCACACCUGCUGAGAGGAGGCACCUUGAGGUGGUGGCUCCAAGAAAGAAGGAGGUACGUUUUGCUGACUCUCUGGGGCUGGAGUUAACCUCAGUCCGUCACUUUAACCACGCAGACUUGCCUAGAGUUCCCUACCACGUUCUCGCUGGGCUGCGGUGUAGGGAAUCUUGUCCCGCGGGGGCGGAGCUCACCACGCUGUUGCUCCACCCCUCUCCUAAUACCCCGCAACUGUAUCCUCAAUUCACCAACCCAGGCUCUAAGCCGGACUUCCUAGAAUUGGUGAGACAACGCAGGGUGUGCCUGGAGACCAUCCACACAGAUCCAUUCAGUGUUAGCGGAGAUCUCAGAGUCCUCAACCUGUCCUAUGAGAAGGAGGUGAUGGUCAGAUACACGGUGGAUUCUUGGAGCACGUCGACUGAAGUGAUGGCCUCCUACCAGCGAGGAUACAGCGACAGGUAUUCGGACCGCUUUUCGUUCAAGCUGCUUUGCCCCUCCUUGUUGAACAAGGAAGGAACAUUGGAGUUUGCCAUUCGGUUCAAGGUUUGCGGGACGGAGUAUUGGGAUAAUAACGAGGGGCAAAACUACAAGGUCAAGAGUCAUAAAGCCACUAUGUCUCCACCAAAGGAGUACGAAAAUGCGUGGAUUCACUUCAUCUAGGGCCGUGGAGGGUUGGGGAAGCCAGGCCUUUAGGUCACUACACUAUGUUAGAAGAGCCAAGAUGAGGCCCCCAUCCAAGGUCACAGAGGCAUGGAGCCUGGGAGGCUUCAAAGGAAGAUUGAGAUAAGCCACGUCUUGGGUCAUUAUUAGUCUAUCAUCGUUUUGUUUGAUAUAAGGUC